AUGGGAGACGAAACGACCAAACCACAUCAUUUCAGAUGCGGGGAAUACCCCCCAGAGCUUGAAGUCCAAGGGAAGAGGUAUUUGUACGAUCCAGUACCAACUGAUGUCGCGAUUGAUGCGAUCCCAUUGUGGCAUCUGACAAAGCCCGGCGUGCGGCACAGUGACAACUACUGGAUCACAACAUUUCCGAAGAAGCUUCAAGGUCCGUUACGUCGCGAACGAGGGACCAGUGCGAGAGUUAUCGAAUGGGGCAUCAGGAUCAACGAGCGCUUCAAUUGGCACUUAUUCUUGUCCCUUCUUCUCGUAAUGCUUGUGGUAAUCUGGGCGAUCGUGGCCAUUUAUCUUGCAUGUAAGGCAGAUGACUCUUCGGGUUUCGGCUUGGGGGCUUUGCUUGCAGCAUUUGCUGCAGUUUACGUGCCUCUCCAGUAUCAAGCUUGGAAGGAGAAGCUCGACUGA